GCCAUGUCAGAGCCCAUAACGCUCAACGUUGGUGGGAAGCUGUACACCACUUCGCUGUCCACCUUGACCAGUUUUCCUGACUCCAUGCUGGGCGCCAUGUUCAGCGGCAAAAUGCCGACCAAGAGAGACAGCCACGGUAACUGCUUCAUCGACAGAGAUGGAAAGGUUUUUCGCUACAUCCUCAACUUCCUGAGGACUUCUCACCUGGACCUUCCUGAGGACUUCCAAGAAAUGGGCCUCCUUCGACGGGAAGCCGAUUUUUACCAGGUCCAGCCAUUGAUCGAGGCUUUGCAGGAGAAAGAGGUGGAGCUCUCGAAAGCGGAGAAAAACGCCAUGCUCAACAUCACCUUGGAUCAGAGGACUCAGACGGUUCACUUCACGGUCCGGGAAGCUCCCCAGAUCUACAGCCUGUCCUCCUCCAACAUGGAAGUGUUCAGCGCCCACAUCUUUAGCACCUCCAGCUUGUUCUUGAAGCUCCUGGGCUCCAAACUGUACUACUGCUUCAACGGCAACCUCUCGUCCAUAUCGAGUGACUUAGAGGAUCCUUACCACAUCACCUUGGACUGGGUUGCGAGCGUAGAAGGCCUGCCGGAGGAGGAGUACAACAGGCAGAACUUAAAGAGGCUGUGGGUCCUGCCGGGGAAGAAGCAGAUUAACACUUUCCAGGUGUUUGUGGAGGAGGUCUUGAAAAUCGCCAUGAGCGACGGCUUUUGCGUCGAUUCCUCUCACCCGCAUGCCUCGGAUUUCAUGAAUAAUAAGAUCAUCCGACUCAUUCGGUACAAGUAGACCUUGUAUUCCC